GGUUUAGUUUAUCGUGACAUUGCUUGGAAAUAGAAAUAAAAACAAAUAAAUAAUGGCAACAGACGUAGAGCCAGCCACGACAGCAGACAAGUUCUCCGCAAAUGCCGAGGAAUUGGAGAGCUACUAUCUAAUGCUCGAGGCUGGUAAUAUACCGGAGUUGCAGUGGCAAUUCCCCGGCCGGCGGGCACCCUCACCGGAUGCCAGCUCUGGUGGGAAUAGCAAGGAGCUGGAGCAGGCCACCGAUGCCAUUGAGCAGGAGCCACAGAAGGCGAAUGACUUUGACUUCAGCGACGAUGUGGCGCCCACACAGAUGCGGGUACGCAGCCAAACAUCCACACCGAAAUCAGCCAAAAAGAAGACGGCCGACUUUGCUGGGGUCAUGGAGACUCUCAAGAAGAAAAAUGCCGAGAGCUCCUAGCAUACGGAGAGGCGUAGCAUCAGCCAUAAGCCAUUCUUCUGAUACGACCACGGGCACCCGGCACCCGAACUCUGGAUUUGAAUUAAAGGAUCGAAAAGGUAAUAUUUUGAUAUUUAAGCUAGAGUAGAAUUAGAUGUUUUACAGUUAGCAAUUAAGUAGAAAUGUCCCUCAUAAUGUAUAUCUUAACUGAAGUUUUAUGUUUGAAAUGCUUGGACAAUUGGCUAAAGACUUACGGAUUGCAAACGAAGACAAAUAGAUUAUAUAUAACAACAGCAUUAAAGUUAGCAAUAAGAAAUCAUCUAGGUCCGGGGAUAAGCAGCAGGAAGUAUAUGCAUAUUUUUGGUGCAAUUUUGUAGAGGGAUAAGUCGAUGCAUCCUUCCUUUUGUGGAAUUUGUACGAUUUAAUGCUUGCAUUUUUGUUGGCUGUUUUAUGCCCACAUAUUUUAUCCAUACAUAUGUAAGUAAUUUUUAAUUU